GUGCGCGGCUGUACUAACGUAGAUCUACUGAACAUGUCUAGACGGUUGUGAGGCCGAUCCAGCUAGGAGCACUGAAGUCAGAUGGGCGUGGCCGAACAAUAACGCAGUCAUUACUUGUUGACCUACUUAACUCUAUCCAAAAAUAAGUGCAGCUUUAUACAUUUCUCCACCUGCGCUUCUGCUGAGGUCGCUUCUACGGUAUCCCCGUGUUCAGUAUGGCAGGCUGUGGAGAAGUGGACUGUUCAGUGAAUGCCCUGGCUCCCUCCAAGCUGAUAGAGGAAAUAGGAGAUACUUGUGCUACAGACCCUUUCAGUCCCACCACCACCACCCCUGAGUGUGCCAUCUGCCUGCAGAGCUGCGUCCACCCUGUACGACUCCCAUGCUUCCAUGUCUUCUGUUUCCUGUGUGUGAAAGGUGCCUCCUGGCAGAGCAAGCGCUGUGCUCUCUGCCGACAACAAGUCCCAGAGGACUUCCUGGAACGGCCGGUUCUCCUCUUGCCUGAAGAACUGAAAGCAGCAGCUGCAGGGGUGAGCCGGAGUGGAGGGACCCGUGGCGGUUCCCGUGGAGACUAUGCAUGGUACUAUGAGGGGCGCAACGGCUGGUGGCAGUAUGAUGAAAGGACCAGCCGUGAGCUGGAGGAGGCCUUCGCCAAGGGCAGGAAGAGCACAGAGAUGCUGAUUGCAGGGUUUCUUUAUGUGGCCGACAUGGAGAACAUGGUGCAAUAUCGCCGCAAUGAGCAUGGCCGAAGACGCAAGAUAAAGCGGGACGUUGUAGAUAUCCCCAAGAAGGGUGUCGCAGGACUGAGGUUAGACCCUGAACCUGCCCCCAUUCCUGCUGUACCAGUUGUCACCCCAGCUGCAACAGAACGUGUCAGCUCAGCUGAUGGAUCAGACACUGAUGGCCAAUCACAGUCCUCAUUCUUUGGGAUAAUGGCAUCUCUUCCCCCUGUUAGACCUCCAACACUCCUGGGACGCCAUCUUAGAACCCCCCGUCCUCCCUCACCCUUAAGCGUGGAGGAGUCUUUCUCCCAGCUCCUAAUCAGCCAGCCAGAGGGUGAAGAGGUGGAAGGAGAAGAAGAGAUACAGACGUAUGAGUAUGCAUCCGGCAGCAGUGAGAGUGAGGAGGAAAGGCAGUGCGAGAGAGGGAGAGCAGAAUCAAUGCCACAGAGAAGACAUAGGCUAAGAGAGAGCCAGCCGGCUAGGAUGCCUCCAAGGGGCGGGCCCUCCAGCUCUGCACUCAGUCUCCGCUCACGUAGUCCAGAUGGUCAGUGCACUGUGACAGAAGUGUGACUGCGACUGGACAGUGGGAGCUGUUCUACAGAUGACAGUGCUUGAACUUGUAUCAGGUCUGCAAAAAAGUUUGAAAACCAGUAUGCAUCUUUUAAAGGUCCCAUGAAAUGAAAAAUACAUUUGUUAUUUGUAUCACUGGGUGAUUGCCCCAUCGACGAUUUAUUUUUAUAACAAAAUGUAUUUGUAUUUUUUUCAAAGAUCUCAUCCAAUGGAAUGUAAUCUUAGUUUUGUGUGGGAUCCGGAAACCGUUUCUUCAAAACCUGCAGGUCUACAAGGGUAACUAGCAGUAGCUGCAGUAACAUGGCUCACUGCUGUGUAGUUGGAUGUUAGUUUGCAAAAAAAACACCAUCGACAGCUCUCUCCACUGUAAACAUAUAAUAACUUAACACAUGGGAUGAACUCAUGCAUAUCUUUAAUGUCCUCCACCCAAUAUUGUGUUUAAUGCAGAAAUGCUAAAAACAGUUACAACUAGAGUUGCAAAAUUCUGGGAAUAUUUAAGUUGAAAACUUUACAUGGAAAUUAACUCCAGUAAUAUAAUUAAAGCUUACACGAAAGCAUGUAGUCCUUUUGCUCAGACAGCACAGUACAGUGCAGUAGUGUUGGCAGUGGUGUUGGCUGCACGUGUGAUAGGAGAAUGCCCUGUGCAUGCAGAGGGUUUCACCGAAUUCCUAUUUAAUGGGAUGCUGGCAAAUAAAAGGAUCUGUACAUGGUUACAAUUUAAUUAAAUGGGCAUACUUUCAACCAAAACAUGCUAAACUACUUAGUAUUGCAUUUUUAAAAUGUAUGGAUUUUGUAUUCAGUAUUCCCGAGCUUAACUUCCCUUGGAAAAAACCUGGAAAUUUACCGACCCUCUACAACCCCUGUUACAACGUUAAAAACAUUUCAAGGGACCUCAACACAUAAAUUAAGGCCUUUUGUUGAAGACUCUAAAAGCUAGUUUCAGCCAGCAAUAUACUGUAUACAAUAAUAGCUAUGCAUCACUCUCAGCCACAGGUUAUGUAGUGAAGCUUAACAGUCUUGUCAGGCCAAAAAAAAAGGGUGACAAACUAUGGCAACAUCUUAGUCAGUGUACAAAAACUCACAUCUGUCACUGCCUUUACAUCAGUUUGUGACAUGGCAAUACAACCUGUUUUGAAUUUAAACUACACCCUCUCUGUUCUCUAAUCUUUUGAGCUCAUGGUUAACGUGGCUGCUUUUUUUCUCCUCUCUUUUAGAAUGACAGUAUAAAAAUCGAGCUUAAAUGUAGCAGCUUAUGUACCAGUUACAGAGGGUUCAAACUGCUCCUCUGUUCCUACCUUGCUGAUUAGGCUGUUUAAAGUUAAGAAGUUUUCACCAUGUCCUAGUCUAAUUAAUAAUAUUUUAACUGGUGUUUGUGUGUGCAUAUUUUUAAGCGUACGAGGGGAGGAGAGACUGUAUUCCCUCUAUUGCGUGAGAGUCUUGUUUUAAUAAUGGUGUGUGUUUGUGUUGUUGUGAGUGUUGGGUGCUGAAAAGCUACUGGCAGAACCACUGGAAAGUUUUGGCUAUAUAUGUAGAGAGACACAUUUGGUUUUCUAUUUCUUGUCAUAGUACUCUUAAUAGGGCUACUAUCAGAGCACUGACACGUACUUGGACCAUCUCGAUCUGUCCUCGCACUCUGUUUUUUUUUCCCCAUUUUGCCUCAGCUGCUAUUACUAUCAACUUUUCACUGUUGGUGUCUUACCAUCUGAUUUACCUAAUACAAACUUUUGUCUGUGUGAUGUUGCACCUGUGGUGGUUUGUCAAGUUAUUAAAUAUCUACAAUUUAAAAU